AUGGCGGCGGCGGGGCCCGAGUCGGGGGGCAGCAGCGGCAGCAGCGGCGGUCUCGGGGGUACGGCGGGACCGCGCUUUUUGUCCCCACAGGGCCGUCUGCCUUCAAGAAGUCGCUCACCCCAGAGAUGCCGGGUUCUUCGGGGCAGCCAGGCUCCCAGACGAUAAAGAAAGGGCACAGAGGAGUGGAUUCCACGGGUGAGACCACCUACAAGAAGACAACGUCGUCAGCCUUGAAAGGUGCCAUCCAGCUGGGCAUCACACACACGGUUGGGAGCUUGAGCACUAAACCCGAAAGAGAUGUUCUCAUGCAAGAUUUCUACGUAGUAGAAAGUAUUUUCUUCCCGAGUGAAGGCAGUAACCUCACCCCGGCUCACCACUACAACGAUUUCCGGUUCAAAACCUACGCCCCGGUGGCCUUCCGAUACUUCCGGGAGCUGUUUGGGAUCCGGCCGGACGAUUACCUGUACUCGCUCUGCAGUGAGCCCCUCAUUGAGCUCUCAAACUCUGGGGCCAGCGGAUCCCUCUUCUACGUGUCCAGUGAUGACGAGUUUAUCAUCAAGACAGUUCAGCACAAAGAGGCAGAGUUCUUGCAGAAGCUGCUGCCCGGCUACUACAUGAACUUGAAUCAGAACCCAAGGACGCUGCUGCCCAAGUUUUAUGGCUUGUACUGUGUCCAAGCCGGGGGCAAAAACAUCCGCAUUGUGGUGAUGAACAACCUGCUGCCACGUUCUGUGAAGAUGCACCUCAAAUAUGACCUGAAGGGCUCCACCUACAAACGCAGAGCAUCCCAGAAGGAGCGGGAGAAGGUCUUCCCCACCUACAAGGACUUGGAUUUUAUGCAGGACAUCCCCGACGGGCUCUUCUUGGACUCAGACAUGUAUAACGCUCUGUGCAAAACGUUGCAGAGAGACUGUUUGGUCCUGCAGAGUUUUAAAAUCAUGGAUUACAGUUUGCUGGUGGCAAUCCAUAACAUGGAUCUGGCGCAGAGGGAGCACGUGAUGGCAGACCGGACGUCCCAGGCCGACACGCGGCGACCCGCGGCGCAGAAGGCGCUGUAUUCCACUGCCAUGGAGUCCAUCCAGGGGGAGGCCCGGAGGGGGGGCACCAUAGAGACAGACGACCAGAUGGGGGGCAUUCCUGCCCGCAACGCCAAGGGGGAGAGGCUGCUCCUCUAUGUCGGCAUCAUCGAUGUGCUGCAGUCCUACAGGUUUGUGAAGAAGCUGGAGCACUCGUGGAAGGCCCUUGUGCACGACGGGGACACCGUAUCCGUGCACAGACCCAGCUUCUAUGCUGAAAGAUUCCAGCGCUUCAUGUGCAACACAGUGUUCAAGAAGAUACCCUUGAAGCCAUCCCCUUCCAAGAAGAGCCGCUCCGGCACUGCGGUUCCUCGGCGGAGCUGUCAGGGAGGAGUGCCUUCCCAGCUGCACGUGUUGUGUGAGACAAAAGCACAAGUCACGACAGAGGCGGACGUGGAGCAAGGUUCCCACCUCGGCCGCCCGGAUCUCCUGCCCAGGACUCUGCCGGUGGACGAAGCCAACAGCGAUUCCGUCGCCACCACUUUGUCCACCUCCUCCUUGGGCAGUGGGGGUCUCCACUCACCCGCAAACAGGCAGUUUUCUCCCAUGGGGGGGAUCCUGAGGACUGUGAGCUCUCUCCAAAGGCUCGAGUCCGCUUUGGAGUCCUCCAGUGCACUCAGCACUGGGGAGUUUUUAACGUCGGCGCUCCCUGCACAGAGGGAUGCAGUCGUGCCCUGCGGUGACACGAAGGGCUGCUGUGUGCAGAGGAGCCCAGGGACGUCGUGGUGCAGAGGGGGACGCUUCACAGUGCCGUUUCGGAGCCGACUCUCCCCCACCUCCCACCUCGAGUGGGUGCUGAUAUUUUUUUAAGGAAAAAAAAAACAAAAACACCCCCUGAAAAAACCAAACCCAACCCCGACCCGACCCCUUUUGGAUGUUAUUUCUUAGUUCUGUUUGAAAAGACCCAACGGAAUGGCCUUAUCCUCUGGGUGUCCGAACCCAGAGCGGGGUUCUGCGGCUCCCGGUGCCCCCGGGGCUGUCCCACGCCGACCCCGUCCAGCGCUGGGAGGAAGGUGGGCUCUUCCCCCACUGCUGCCCUCACCUUACAGCCGAAAUAACUGUCUAUAUUAGACGCUGUUCUUACCUUCCCUCCCAUCUCCUGUAAUGGUUCGGGUUCCUCCUUCUGUUUUUAUUUUUUAUUUGUUACCAGGAGGGAAGGAAACCAACUCCCCAUGCUUUUUU